AUGUAUGUUCCGCAGUACUCAAGUCUCGUCAAGCAUGCUUCGCAGGCUGCAGACACAGUCAGCACUGGCUCUACCGGCUCUACCAUCAAGGCCUCCACGGGACCAUCUACGAGAAAGCAAUUCUCGCAAGAAACUGCGGGUGAAGCGGUCGUUUACGGAGCGCAAAUCAGAAACUCCGUUACAUGGGGUAUGGUCCACAUUCCAUAUAGCUAUUCUUCGACAUUGACCCUGUCCCAUGUCCCACAGGCUCCGUCAGUAAUGAGAGAAAUACAGGACAUGUCUCAGCGAAAAUGGGUGAUUGAAACUGAGCCCUCACGUGGUUCUGUCAAACGCAUUCGCCUCGAUAGCGCAGAUACACAACAUCACAUCCCCGUCAGUGUUGAGGAUCUGUUGGACAGGUUCACCAGGGCCAUGAGAGUCUCCAAGCCAAUUCCACCAGACGUCUCAAAUGGACACGGCACCAUGUUCAAGAAAUCAUGCCCUCUCUGUCGAGAGGUGCUGAUCAAGGUGUAUGAGAAUGCUAAAGAUUGGAAUGCUAUACGAGAGAUCACCUUCCAUUGCCUUCCAAGCAGUGAUAUGGAUCUCAAAACCUUGGGCUGUUAUAUGGGUGCACCGAGUGGCUGCCAAGUCAUUGAUCUGAAGAAUUUUAAGCCCUUUCAUGAGUACUGUGAGGGUAUUUUAGAGCACGAUGAUUUGAAGGACUUGAUGAGCGACGGAUUUCUGCAGCCUGUAAGGGAUAAGCUAAGUGACGUAAAUAGGCUUCAAUAG